UAAAUUGAUGACGUAUUUUGUUGCUACUUUGUGUUUACUUACAGUUUACAAAAUGGCGAGGCUUGAGGUCUCUGUGUUCCUUAUUUCCGCGUUGGCCUUGCUUGUGGAAGCCGACAUCGUUCUGCAGAGCAAGCAUCACUGUGGCUCCUACGAACGGCCUCUGGAGGAACGUAUUCUUGACACGGAUGAGCUCCAGGUCUUCUCUCACUCCGGCGCCCAGUACUACGCCCCCAACGUCGACUGCAUCAUCACCAUCAUCGGCAAGACGUACCACCAGUGGGAGGUGCAGCUCAUCAACCUGCACAUCGACGGACACAAAUGCGAACAUUACUCGCCGUGUUGUAACGAUUUCUUGAAAAUUUUCAACAGUUACCGCGCAGACAAUGCACGACUUUUUCCCUCAAUUCCUUGGCAAGGGUUCUGUGGAACGUCUCUGCCCUCCCGAACGUCGUUCACGUCCACACAGAACUACAUCACCAUCCAGUUCAAUUCCGAUCCUAAAGCGGAGAGCAUGGGUGGCUUUGCUUUGAACCUUCGUCAGUAUCCUCGUAGAAACGCUGGUUCGGAAUUCCAUCAGAACGGAUAUAUUGGGGGCUGGAAUGAUGGCACUCUGAACGAGCUACAGGUUGAUUGGUCCGAACAAGAGGUCAUCCCUGGUGACUUCAAGCCUGGACAAGACCCGACCUUUGACUUCGACCCCAACGGUAUCCGCUGUUACGAGUGCCAGGGCUGCAAGAAAGAGUACUUCGAUAACUCUGAUAUCGGGGUCACGACGAGAGACGGGUGUUUUGUCUGCACAAAAGAGUGGCUACAGGGCCAUGGUGAAGCCACGCGCCAGUGCCUCUCUCGUUCAACGUUUAGAGAAAAACUGCUCAUGUACAGAGAUACGUCUCAAGGAGAUGAAAAAGUUGCAGAUUUCCGGGAGUGUCGUACGCUGAUUCGAGGCGUGAGUAGCACCACGUACGUCACGCUGUGUGUGUGCGACACCGCCGGAUGCAACAAAGGUCAAGGCUUGAGAGCUGGGUGGCUACUUCCGCUGUUCUUGUCUUUAUGUGGGUCUGUCAUUGCUAAACUCUGGUGGUAGAGCAGAUAGUUUUGUUCAGUUAGCUGUUCUUGUCUUUAUGUGGGUCUGUCAUUGCUAAACUUUGGUGGUAGGGCUGACGGGUUUUUUCAGUUGUCAGAAGUUCUGUUUCACAAGAGAGAAAUUGCUGCCUUUUGGUUAAAGGGAGUGCUGCUAAAAGUACAGUGCAGCCUCUCUAUAACGACCUUUGAUAUAACAACAUCCUCUGUGUAGCGACAUGGUGCCCAGGUCCAGAUUGUUCCUUUUAUAUGUCAUUAGUAAUAUUUUUGGUUCCCUCUCUAUAACAACAACUUUCUACUACGACAUUUUUAUCUGGUCCCGACGAUGUAGUUAUAGAGAGACUGCACUGUUUGUUGUUUGUCCACGAUUAUUGAAACAGUGUCUGUGGUGUAGCAGUUAGACACUUUGCUGUCGCAGGCAGGAGACUCGAGUUUGAUUCUGGAGUGGGGAGAAAUUUUUAUUGAGUAUCUCGGUCUUCCUGAUGGGAUAUUGCAUCCCUCUCGGCCCAGGUUGACCCUGAUAGUCAGGGUCGGAAGCAGACAUCCUAAAUUAUCUAAAUUGUGUUGGUGAGAGUGUAAAAACACCUACAUUGUACACUGCCUGUACCCAAUUAGAGAAUAUAAUUUUGCAAAUGUCCUGCUACACCAAUUAGGGUAUUGCAAUAUUUUCCUUUUGAUCAUGUCUAAAUUGCUUAUUAUGUGUAAGGACCAGAGACUGUUUUGCUGACAUGGCAGUCCCAAGAACAUUGAGGCCUUUGACAGUCUCUGUCUAACAUGCAAAGAGUCUGGUCUGCUUUAUCUUCUCUUCAACAUAGGGUCUGGCCGUAAAAGUUAUUUUUAGCAUUUCGGAGAUUCUGUGCCUUGCUGUGCGAGGCAGGAUAUGUGAGGCAGCGUGGUGAAAUCAGUGCCACUUUGUCUAUUUUUAUCCA